AUGCAGCCUGCAUCCCGUCCUGCCUCUACUUCCACUCGUCCUACCGCCUCUCCCAACCCAAGACCACCACAGUACCAGGUCAAUACCCAGACAAAAGUGUUUGAUACCUCCCAUGGCCGCCUUCUUUGUAUCGCUGACAUCCGCGGUCGUUUGUCUGCUCUCAACGACCUCGCACGCGAAGCGAAUGCAUCUGCAAUCAUUCAUACAGGGGAUUUUGGCUUUUUUGAGGCUUCGAGUCUCGACAGAAUAAACGACAGGACCCUCCGCCAUCUGACGAUGUACUCUCCACUCAUCCCCACUGCCCAACGGAACCAUCUUCUCGCGCCUGAAAAUCCGCCGUCUGUCGUCCGCUCAACGGUCACCAUCUCCCUCCUCUCUGAGUUUCCUCUUCUCCUCUCGGGCCAGCUCAAGCUUCAAGUACCCGUUUUCACCGUCUGGGGCGCGUGCGAGGACGUGACUGUCCUCGAAAAAUUCCGCGCAGGCCAGUAUGAAGUCGAGAACCUCCACGUCAUCGACGAAGCCACCACCCGUUGCCUCGACAUUGGCGGCGUCAAGCUCCGUCUUCUCGGCCUCGGUGGCGCCCUCGUCCCCCACAAGAUGUUCGACAACGGUGACGGAAGCGCCACCAUUGCCGGCGGACAGGGAACCAUGUGGACUACCGCGCUCCAGAUUGGCGAGCUCGUCGAUACUGCUCAGCGUGUCUUUGACCCAACAGAGACCCGUUUACUUGUCACUCAUGCCAGUCCCGGUCGCGAGGGUAUCAUCAACCAGCUAGGACUCGUUCUCAAAGCCGAUCUGACUAUAUCUGCUGGCCUUCACUUCCGGUACGCGUCAUCUUACAACGAAUUUAGUGUUCAGGGAGACUUUGAGGGUCUACGCCACAAGCUAUUGAUCGGGAAAGAAGGCUUUGACAAGGUUUGGGACAGCGUCAAGUCGCAAGUAGAUGCUGUCAUCGACGAACACCAGCGUGUGCUCCUGGACAAGGCUUUAUCGGUUGUGGAACGCAUACCGGGGCCGGCGAAUCAGCCUACGCAGAACGGACAAUUCCCUCAAGAGGAGCCGUCCUGGAAGAACUGCUGGAAUUGGAACCUGUGCGAUGCGGCGUAUGGUUCCCUUGUGCUUGACGUCAAAGAUGGUCGAGUGAGCGGGGAGCUUAAGAGUCAAGGCUUUAACUACGCAUACCGCCGUACCGUGACACCUUCAACCGUCGAGCCCACUCCUAAUUCGGCGACUUCCUCGCUACCAGUUACUGGUGCAGGACCUGGCAGUGGUGCCGCCACGACGCCUGUGGUUUCGACUAAAGGAAAUGGCACACCCGUUCCAGGAGAUAGGCCACAAGCAUCUAAAUCGAAACCAUCAACGCCACCACCCCACUCUGCUUCUGGCCGCGAGACACCCAAAGACGCGAGGGCGAAUGGUACGCCCACCGGCAAUGCGGCCGACAAGGCAGAACGAGAGCGGGCGAAGCGGGAACGCAAGAAGGAACGCAAGCAGCAGGAGCGUGCGGACCGCGAAGCAGCCGGGAAAGACGGAAGCGGCAGCACUCCCGCGACGCCGACGGUUCCCGAGGCUGUGAGUAGUCCGCCGCCUGCUCAGGUCAAGUCGGGCAAGGCGACGCCCGACGCGCAUGCUGCUGCUGCCACAGCGAAUGACGCUGUGACGUCACCUGCGACGGAGGGCAGUGCAGGUGCACGAACACCCACCAGCAGGCGGCCAGCGCGGAAUCCGUGGACGAUCUUCAUGCGCAUGCCUAACCCUGCAGACGAGAACGAGGUGCGGGAAUUCUUCGGCGAGGCGAAGGCUGGGAUCACGCGAAUCAACUACCCGCUUAACUUCCCGGGCAAAGCGCAAAAAAUGGUGUACGUCGAGUUUGGCGAUGAGGAGGCUAUGAAGGCCGGACUGGAGCGACAGGGCGAGAAACUAAACGAUGGGUUACCGGAGUUGAAACAGGCGACAGACAAGGAGUCGCGCCAUGCUGAAAAUGGCGGCCCGAGAGGAGGAUUUGCACACCGUGGCGGGCGUGGGCGAGGUGCGUUUGCGGCGAGAGGCUUUGCUGCUGCUGGCUUGACAAGAGGUGGGUUCGACAAGCGGGCGAACGGGGACACCCCGUCGGAGGGGCCGAGGGCGUCUGAGGGAUCGUAA